UAAUGAUGAUAAUGAAAUUUUACAAAAUGGAGAAAGUUCGACGAUAGAAGAUAAAUAUAUAAAAGAAGGAUUAAUUCGCAUCCCAUUUCCCGCUUAUGAAACAUUUAAAGAUGAUCCACUUCGAGUAUUGAGAUGUAUAAGAUUCGCAAGCAGAAUUCAAUUUGAGAUUGUUGAUGAUGGGAAGGAUGCCAUUAUAAAAAAUGAUAGUAUCAAAACAGCAUUAAAUGAGAAAAUAAGUCGGGAAAGAAAUUGGAUUAGAGUGUUCUCAUCACCUUCACAAGAAACCAUCUUAUCUGGAAAAUUUGAAGAUUCGAAAAUUUGUUUAAAUACAGCAAAAAUUCUUAAAUGGUUGUUAUCUGAUGAAAGUAAAAAUUAUGAGUUCCAUCCUAAGUUUCGUCAAUUAAAUGAAGAUGAAAAAGUUGCACUAGGAUUAUUGAUACGUGAAUUUGGAUCUAAAAGGUUAACUAAUUUACUCUUUGCUUUGUCCAAUGAGUUGAUAUCAAAAUUUGACAUUAUGUAUCAAGUUAAAGAAAUUAGUGACAAAUAUACAAAGUUAAUUGAAAGAGUACAAGAAUUAAAAUUGGAAAAUGUUUUUAAUGAAAAACCUAUUCUGAACGGUAAAGAUAUUCAGAAUUUAUUGAAAAUUAAACAAGGUCCAGAGGUUAGAAAUAUUGAAUUCAGUCAUAGAAUUGCAAUUAGAAUUCUUAAACAGAAACAACGACUUUUACAUAUACCAUCAUAUUCACCAAUAAAAUGUCAACAAACAGCAUUUCAAAUAGCAUUUAAGCAAGCAGGAUGA